AGUAGAUUUAGACAUUUAGACGGAGCUGAGACGCCAUUACAGGGUGUGAGAUCUCUGCUGGGACACACUCCACAGUCAAGAGAAGGGACAGGAACUCGGUGAGUCUUGUUGUUGAGAGACAUUUAGACACAAAGAUGGCUGAGAAAACUGCUCUUGUUGAAAGUUUCCUGAGCUGCCAUGUGUGUUCAGAGACUUUCAGUGAUCCUGUGUCUCUGAGCUGCAACCACAGCUUCUGUUCCAGCUGCCUGCUCGCAUUCUGGGGACAGGCUGGCAACAAGAACUGUCCCAUUUGUAAAAGAAAAUCCUCUAAAGAUCAUCUGGUGAACUUUGGACUCAAGGAACUGGCUGACAAGUUUGCUGGGAGACAGAAAUCUGGAUCCUCUGAGACAGAAGAAGGACAGAAGAAGGUGGAGGUGGUGUGUGGUCUCCACCAAGAAGAGCCUAAGCUGUUCUGUCAGGAUGAAGAGAGAGCUGUGUGUCCCGUCUGUGAGUUCUCUCUCCACCACGGUCACACGGUGGUUCCUGUAGAACAAGCAGCCAGAGACCUGAAGGAGCAGCUGAGAUCUGACCUACAGUCUCUGCAGGACAAGAGGGACAGACACAGACGGGUGGAGGAGACAUACCAUGAAAUAAGUCAACUCUCCAAGAAGCAGCUGCUGUCCACAGAGACGCAGAUCAGAGCCCAGUUCAACAAGCUGCACCAGUUCCUGAAAGAGGAAGAGGAGUCCAGACUGGCAGCUCUGAGGGAGGAGGAGCAGCAGAGGGGGGAGGCUGUCUCCAGAGAGAUGAAGAGGAUUCAGGAGCAGAUGUCCUCUCUGUCAGACAGCAUCUCUGCUGUGGAAGCAGACCUGCAGAAAGCCAGCGUGCCGUUCCUCAGCAGUUAUAAAGAGUCUCGGACCAGAGCCAGAGUCCAGAGCUCGCUGGCAGACCCACAGCUGAUCUCAGGAGCACUGACAGAUGUGGCCAAACAUCUGGGCAACCUGGCCUUCAGAGUCUGGGAGAAGAUGAGGGACAAGGUCCACUUCUGUCCCGUCAUUCUGGACCCAAACACUGCAGACCGCUGUCUCUAUCUGUCUGAUGAUCUGACCGGUGUGAGACAUGGAGACACAAACCAGAAGCUUCCAGACAAUCCAGAGAGACACAGCAUGUAUGCAGAUGUCCUGGGCUCUGAGGGUUUCAGCUCAGGGACACACAGCUGGGACGUGGAGGUGGGACAUCAUCCUCACUGGGUUGUGGGUUUAGCCAAAGAGUCAGCUGACAGGAAGGGAGAAAGAUAUGCUUCACCAGAAUAUGGAAUCUGGUGUUUAGCGUAUGACAGUGGAAAAUACACUAAUGGAUGUGGUAAGAGCAUCACAGUGAAGAAGAGUCUCCAGAGGAUCAGAGUCCAGCUGGACUAUGAGGGGGGGGACGUGUCCUUCUACAACUCUGAAGACAACACUCACAUCUGCACUCACAGAGACACUUUCACUGAGAAACUCUUCCCUUAUUUCAGUAUCGGAGACGCUGGUGAUGCUAAAACUGUAGAAAUCAAAAUCUGUCCUGCUGAGAUUUCUCUGUGAGGUUCAGAGAACUCAGAGAAGGGGGAGAGAGGUGAGGAGAGAGAAAGAGGAGAGAGGAGAGAAGGAGG